AAGCCUCUUGCAGGAUCCUUUGGAAAGAUAUUCCUUGUAAGGAAAUCCGUGGGUGAUGUUAAGCGUAGGCCAGAAACGAGCCAAAUAUCAGAAUCAAUUUCGAAAAUAUUUUAACUCAAGACAACCUACCGGCAGUUUAGUUUUUUGCUUGUGAAAAGAUGUCUGUUUUCAGAAAAUUGAUACUUCUGAGUGCUAUCGUCACCGUCUGUUUCGCAGAAAAUUAUGACGAUCAAAUCUCGAAGAGUAUAGAAGGUGGCUGGCAGCUAGGGGCAAUUUCCUUCCUUGAAAAACUUGUACCGGCGCAGGUGUACAGAAGAUAUGCACCCUCUCAAUUUCAACAAAGGUGUCCAUUAUGUGACAGUUCAGUGUACUCAUACUGCGGAGAAAAAUUAUUACAUGACGCUUGUUGCUGUACCGACCCGUACAUCCACGAAUUACCCCAUCAGUGCAGACUUGCAGAUUGCAGUUUCCUGCACUCAAAUUCGUGUCGCGAACACAAGUUAAUUGCAAAUUGUUGUUGCAGCGACGAGUAUCGGAACCUUUUAAAAAGUUUAAAAAUUUAAGAACUACAAAUUCGGAGAUUAUUACAUAAAUAUAGGAACAAAUAGGCCAUGAUCAGAAUAAAAAAUGUAU